GAAGCCGAAAUGAUUGCUGAAUUACGACGUGAAGCACAAGAACGUGAAACACAACGACGUUUAACUGAACGUUUAGAAAAGGAGCGUUUGGAAAAUUUUCGUCGGGAACAAGAACGUCUUGCUAUGGAGCGUGAAGAAGCAAGAAUGAAAGAACUUCAACGUCAGGAAGAAGAGCGUCGAGAAAAAGAGUUACUUGAAGCACAAAAACGUGCAGCAGAGAAACGUGAACGAGAACGGCAAGAGGACGAAAGACGAGAACGUGAGCGACAAGAAGAAGAAAGACGGGAAGCAUUGAAACGUGAACAGGAGAGACGUGAAGCAAUGCGUCGUGAACGUGAACGUCAAAUAGAAGAACAAAUGGAACUUGAAAAAUUAGCUGCUAUCAAAAACGCCGCGCAAGAAAGGCAGGCAGCUCGAUUAGCUGAUAUGCAGCGUGAUGAACAACGUCAAGUUUUGGAACGUCAAGCUAAUGAGUUAGAAGAACGUGAACGGCAAGAAGCAAAACGUAGAGAGUUUGAACGUAUGGAAGAAGAGCGUCGUUUGAAAGAGUUGCGCGAGCAAGAAAGACGUAAUGCAGAAUUACGUGAACAAGAGCGUCAAGAAGCACUACAACGAGAAGCUCAUCGUCGUCGUGAAGAUCGUCGUAGCCGGGAUAAACUUGAUCAAAUAGCACGAGAAAUUGAAGAGAAAGAAAAAAUGGAAAUAGAAAAACGCCGAUUAUUAACACAAUUGACAAAUCGUGAUCGUCGUAAAGAUUUGCUCACAUCUCGUGAAACGUUAGAAAAAUUAACUAAGCCACCGUAUUAUUCUCGAGAAAAUUUAGCUGCAAUUUCGUUUGGUUCACGCGAAAAUCUAAGCAGUGCUACAGGAAGUGAAGUGACUACGAAGGUUGAACGACAAGUGAUCGAACGUAUUGAUCGCACUGUUUGGUCCGAUGAUCCUAGGUAUAUUUUUUGA